AUGCCUUUCUACACUUCUUUCUAUUUAUCUUUCUUUUUAUUCCUUUUCUUUAUUCUUUUACUUUUUUUCUUUUCCUCCUUUUUUCUUUUUUCUUUUCUUUUUUCUUUUCCUUUUUUCUUUUUUUCUUUUACUUCUUUUUUUCUUUUACUUCUUUUUUUCUUUUACUUCUUUUUUUCUUUUCCUCCUUUUUUCUUUUUUUCGUUUCUUUUUUCUUUUACUUCUUUUUUCUUUUACUUCUUUUUUCUUUUACUUCUUUUUUCUUUUACUUCUUUUUUCUUUUCUUUUUUGCCCCUUUCUUUUUUCUUUUCUUUUUCUUCCCUUUUCUUGUCUUUUUCCUUUUCCUCUUUUUUCGAUUUUCUUUUCUUUUUAAUUUUUCUCUCUUUCUUUUUCUUUACUUUGCUCUUUCUUCAGUUACUUUUUCUCUUUUCUUCAUCUCUUUUACUUUUUAUUUUUCUAUUUUCUUUUUCUUUUCUUUUUUUCCUUCUAUUUUUCUUUUCUUUUUUUCCUUCUAUUUUUCUUUUCUUUUUUUCCUUCUAUUUUUCUUUUCUUUUUUUCCUUCUAUUUUUCUUUUCUUUUUCUUUUCUUCUUUUCUUUACUUCGUCUUUCUUUAUCUUUCCUUCGUUUUAUUCUUCUUGA